AUGACUAGGCUUCACCAAUAUUGCAACGUGCCCCCUCCUAGUACUUCUAACCUCCUUGGUCGGUGCUGCUGGGGCGACAUUAUUGAACCUUCUACGGAAGAGAUCGUUGGCUUCACUACACGGCACGUUUGUACGCCUAGGUGGUUCCACCGCACGGCAACCACACGUACUAUUUGCCCUCUCCCUUCCGCUGGCCAGUGCUCGGAGCUGACAGGCAUAGGGGCAUAGCGUGGCUCCCCACCACUGAUCUCUACUCCCCACAUCAUAGCCCCACAUUCCACUCUGCCACUCUCGUAGAAGCUCGCGUUAAAUCUCGUUUGCAACGUGAACGUCCUCUGCUGCCCCUAGCUGCCCCCCAGCAGAAUGGCUGCGGUCGUCGGGAGGUUCGGCAAAUGCUGUUUACUUCGACUACAGCCAGGAUCCCUGCUCAGCAAGGCGCAUGCAUCGACGUACACCACGCCGCUGAGUGGUGGCAAGAAAGUGCUCUUGGGCACCGUCGGCGCGGUGGGUGCCGGCGUUGCCGGCGUGAUCUACGCGCUCAACGAAUCUGUCAAGGCCGGUGACCUUGAGCUACACCCGGCCAAGCUUCCGUGGCCCCACAGCGAACACUGGCUCAGCUCUUUGGACCAUGCCAGCAUCCGGAGGGGCUACGAGGUCUACAAGCAGGUGUGUGCGGCGUGCCACAGCCUCAAGUACAUUGCCUACCGCAACCUGGUGGGCGUGUCCCACACCGAAGCCGAAGCCAAGGCCGAAGCCGAGUCGGUCCAGAUCCUGGACGGCCCCAACGAGGAGGGACUGAUGUUCGAGCGCCCGGGUAAGCUCUCGGACUACUUCCCGCGACCCUACCCCAAUGACGAGGCGGCGCGUGCCGCCAACAACGGGUCCCUGCCCCCCGACCUGAGCUUCAUCACCAACGCCAGGCACGGCGGCGAGGACUACCUGUUUGCCCUGCUCAUGGGCUACUGCGACCCUCCGGCCGGAGUCAAGGUCCAGGAGGGCCAGUACUACAACCCCUACUUCCCGGGUGGAGCCAUCGGCAUGGCCCAGGCCCUGUACAACGAGGCCAUGGAGUACUCUGACGGCACGCCCGCCACGGCCAGCCAGAUGGCCAAGGAUGUCUGCACCUUCCUCAAGUACUGCACCGAGCCUGAGCACGACGAGCGCAAGCGCAUGUUUAUCAAGUCCACCAUGAUGUUCAUACUGCUGAUCGGUGUGAGCUGGUACUGGAAGCGCUUCAAGUGGACCACCUUGAAGACGCGCAAGAUUGUCUUUAAUCCGAAGAAGUACGAGGAGUAGCACCAGUCAGGACGAUCGCCUGCCCACACGGUUUUUCCUCUGCAAGUUGUAGAUACGCGGGCUUCGAAACACUUGACCCCUGCUUUUGUUGCUCGAGAAAUAAAGUUGCAGACGCGUCUACCGA